AAUGUUAGAUCCCUCACUUCAAAGGCAGUUAUAGUCAAUGAACUAAUCACUGAUCAUAAUCUUGAUGUGAUUGGCCUGACUGAAACAUGGCUUAAGCCUGAUGAAUUUACUGUGUUAAAUGAGGCCUCACCUCCUGGUUACACUAGUGACCAUAUCCCGCAAAGGCAGAGGUGUCGCUAAUAUUUACGAUAAAUGAUGUUUUCGUCUUUUGAGCUUCAAGUCAUGAAAUCUAUGCAGCCUACUCAAUCACUUUUUAUAGAUACUGUUUACAGGCCUCUUGGGCCAUAUACAGCGUUCCUCACUGAGUUCCCUGAAUUCCUAUCGGACCUUAUAGUCAUAGCAGAAAAUAUUCUAGUUUUUGGUGAUUUUAAUAUUCACAUGAAAAAGUCCACAGACCCACUCAAAAAGGCUUACGGAGCCAUCAUCAACUCAGUGGGUUUUGUCCAACAUGUCUCUGGACCUACUCACUGUCACAGUCAUACUCUGGACCUAAUUUUGUCCAAUGGAAUAAAUGUUGUGGAUCUUAAUGUUUUUCCUCAUAAUCCUGGACUAUCGGACCACCAUUUUAUUACGUUUGCAAUCGCAACAAAUAAUCUGCUCAGACCCCAACCAAGGAGCAUCAAAAGUCGUGCUAUAAAUUCUCAGACAACACAAAGAUUCCUUGAUGCCCUUCCAGACUCCCUCUGCCUACGCAAGGACGUCAGAGGACAAAAAUCAGUUAACCACCUAACUGAGGAAAUCAAUGUAAACUUGCGCAAUGCCCUAGAUGCAAUUGCACCCCUAAAAACAAAAAACAUUUGUCAUUAG